AUGGCAUACAGAAGUAGAUCUUGUGAAUAUCAAAACGAAGCCAAUACGUUUUUCAUCAAGGAAAUAUCUACAGAAGAGUUAAUUUCGAUUAUUGAGAGUGGAGAUACUGCUGAUAUACUUCAGAAAUUUGGAUCAUUAUUGAAAAAUGUUACCAGUUCUGACUCAUUUGUUGUUUACCUCAAGAAGAAAGACAAUGACAAUGAAUUGGUGGUGCAUGACUCUGAAAGUAAAUGUAAAGACUUUAAUUCAGUCAUUCCAAUUAUUGAUGGGGACACUGCUGCUGGGGAAGCUGCUGCAACACUAGAAAACGUCCUUGUAGAAAACCUUCAAACUGAUUACAGGUUUAGUAGGGGAGUUAUUUUUGGAAAUGAAAAUAAUAUUCUGUCACUAUUAUGUUUACCUGUGAUACAUCCGAAGUACAAACUGCUAGGUGUAAUUGAACUGAGACGAAACAAAACCAAGAAACCAUUCAAAAUAACAGAUUUUGAAUAUUUGACAACACUUACAGCAUUUUUGGGAAUCUGGAUAGGUCAAAGUCUGGCAAUGGAGAACAUGAAAAGGCAAUAUGAACUUAGUGACUUUAUGCUGGAAUUCACGGGUCUUCUUCUUAAUGACUUAGGAGUUGUUCGUAAGAUUAUUAGUAAAAUAUUGCUUCAUGCUCGUCGACUAGUUGAUGCAGACAGGACAACUUUGUUCAUGUUAGAUAAUGAGAAGCAGGAACUAAUAGCAGAAUAUUUCAGUGAAGGAGGAGAUAUGAUCAAGUACAAUAAAGAGAUUAGGGUUCCUUUGGGUAAAGGAAUUGCUGGUUAUGUUGCCAUAACUGGUUCAACUGUAAAUGCCAUUGAUUGUUAUUCAGACCCAAGGUUUUUGAGUACAGUAGACAAUAAAACUGGCUAUUUGACCAAAAACCUCUUAUGUAGUGCUGUUAAGACUGAGGGAAAUGUUGUUGGAGUGCUUCAAAUGAUCAAUAAAAAGUCGGGAAUCUGUUUUACAGAAUAUGAUCAAGAAGCAAUGGAAAAGUUUGCAAAAUAUUGUGCACUGGCUUUACAUUAUUCAAAGCUUUUCCAAGAAACAAAAGAAAGAAAAGAACGACUAAAUGUUGUGCUGGAUAUGUUUUUCUUCCAUUGUUCUGCAGCUGAAAAGGAUGUUGAAGAACUGUACAACACUUUACAGAAAUCACCUUUAAUUCCUGGUUUAGAUGAGUUUAUGAAUUCGUUACUUGAUCUGACAGAGGAAGACCUGCCUUUAAUUCUUGUACAGAUGGUGGAAACCUUGUUAGGAAAGAACACCUUCUCAACAGAAAAAUUGUGCAGAUUUAUUCUGGCUGUUAAGAAAAAUUAUCGUCCUGUACCAUACCACAACUUUUGGCAUGCUGUCAGUGUGACUCAUUGUAUGUAUUGUAUACUGUCAUGCUAUCACAAGCAAUUCACACAACUCGAGUGUGAAGCACUGUUAGUUGCAGCUGUAUGUCAUGAUAUUGAUCAUAGAGGACUAAACAACAGGUUUAUGGAAUUUACACAGUCUCCACUGGCUGCACUGUACAAUGUGUCAGUAAUGGAACAACAUCACUACCAAGUGACUGUUUCUAUUCUCCAGCAAAAUGGCCAUGACAUUUUUAGUAAUCAUUCCAAUGAAGAAUACACAAAGAUCCUUCAUAUUAUCAAGGAUGCAAUAUUAGGAACUGAUUUUGCAUUUUAUGUGAAACACAAUGAUAAACUAAAGCGAUUGUUGGAUACUGGAACAUUCGAUUUGACAAAGCAGGACUGCAGAAAUACUCUAAUACCAGUGAUGAUGACCUGCUGUGAUUUGGCUUCAAACUGCAAAGUCUGGGAGGAUUACCAAAGAAUUUUACCUUCAAUUCUUGAAGAAUUCUAUACCCAGGGAGAUAAAGAAAAACAGAUGGGAUGCAAACCUCUUCCUAUGAUGGAUCGUGAUCGAAUUGACAAAAUACCAGAAGAUCAGAUUUUUUUCCUAGAAGGAAUGUGCCUUCCUCUUUAUGAGACUUUGGUUAACUGUCUACAUAAGACUGAAGUAUUACGAAAUGGUAUAAAGGAAAACAUCAAUAAAUGGAAAAUUAUUCUGCAGAGUAACAGUAAAUAUGUUGAAGAACAUGAAAUUUCAGAAGAAAAGGAUGAAACUGUGGAGAAUCAAGAACAUAAAGAAGAAGACAAGAUACAAUCCAGCUCGUUCAAAAUAAAUGAAAAUGAAUGUGAAAGCAACGAACAGUUUUCUUCUUUACAAACAACUGAAGAAGAGCGUGAUAAGAAAACUGUGCUAAGUGACACAACACAAUCAUUAGCGGAAGAAAAAUAUUAUUCAAUAGAAAAAGAGAAGAAUGACAAGAGUUCUAAAAAAUGUUGCAUCUGUUUUUAACUAUUGUUGUAUUGUGCUCUUGACAUUGUAAUAUUUUUAAGUUUGAUGUGUAAAUAAAUAUAAAAAACUAAAUUAUCAUACACUAUU